AUGGCAGGGCGUCUUUGUGGUGUAGCAGCAUUAAUUUUAAAAGAUUUUCUUAAAGCUCCAUACAUCCACUGCUAUUCCCAUCAACUUAAUCUGUGUGUUGCCAAAGCAUGUGCAAUUCCUUCAAUUCGAGAUAUGAUGGAUCAUGUUAGGAUUGUCUCUGAUUUUUUAAAUAAUUCUCCAAAGAGGUUAGAAGAUCCAUCUACAAAAAUUGUUGAGCUAUGUCCAAAAUCAUCAUUUCAAAAGACAAUAAAUGUUUGUAGAACCAGGUGGAUUGAAAGAAUUGAUGGUCUUGAAGCUUUUAUUGAGUUAUUUCCAGCUAUAAUUGCAUCUCUUACUUGUAUUAAAGAAGAUGAGACAUGGAACUACAAAUCCAGAGGUGAUGCUUCUGCAUAUGUGACAAUAUGUUGUUCGUUUAAGUUUAUCAUCACCUUAAUCAUAGUCAGGAAGUUAUUAGGGUAUACGAGACCACUGACAAAAACGUUGCAAAAAGUUGAUCAAGACUUCUCAAAAGCUCGUGAUGAUGUGGAAAUUUUAAAAAACACUCUUUUAUUUAUUCGGAGCUCUAUUGAAAUUUCACACUCAGAAUGGUAUAAAGAGGCUGUUACCAUAGCUGCAACUAAUUAUACCUUGCCAUCUAAACCAAGAACAUGUGGAUAA